GGCCGGGAAGCUGCCUUUGCAGGGCGAACUGGAAGGGCGGAAAAAGCAUCAGCGCGGCGCCUGCAACGCGCAAGGCAAAGGCGGCGACGCCAGGCCGAGUUGUGGGGUCUGACGUAGGGCUUUGCGGGAGCAAGAAAGCGACUCUGGGAUGGCUAAUAGUAUUGCUGAACCCCUUUCCUGUGAUACUUUUGUGGCUCUGCCUCCAGCCACACUAGGUGGCCAAGUCAUUUUUGGAAAAAAUUCUGAUAGGCCUUCUGAUGAAGUCCAGGAGAUUGUGUUUUUUCCUGCUGCUGUUCAUGAUCCGGGACAAAAAAUUGAGUGUACUUACAUAGAAAUCGAACAAGUACCAAAAACGUACGCAGUUGUCCUGAGCCGUCCAUCCUGGCUAUGGGGUGCUGAAAUGGGAGCCAAUGAAUGUGGAGUCUGCAUUGGGAAUGAAGCCGUAUGGGGAAAAGAAGACGUCUGCAGUGAUGAAGCACUCCUUGGCAUGGACCUUGUCAGGCUUGGACUUGAAAGAGCAGAUACUGCAGAAAAAGCUGUCGGUGUUAUCGUUGAAUUGGUGGACAAGUAUAAUCAAGGUGGAAACUGUAUGGAAAGUCAAAUGACAUUUACCUACCAUAACAGCUUUUUGAUAACGGACAGAAAAGAAGCUUGGAUUCUGGAAACAUCUGGAAAGCACUGGGCUGCAGAGAAAGUAAAAGAAGGAACACGGAAUAUUUCCAACCAGCUAUCCAUCACAACAGAAAUUGACCGUGAACAUCCAGAGCUAAGGAAUUAUGCUUUAAGCAAAGGCUGGUGGGAUGGUAAAGAAGUAUUUGAUUUUGCUGCCACGUACUCAUAUGUGAAUACUGCCAGAAUGACAACUGCAAGGGGCAGAUACUGUGAAGGCUAUAAACUACUAAAGAAAUAUGCAGGCAACAUAACAGCUGAGACAAUGAUGACAAUUCUUCGAGAUAAAGAGAGUGGUCUUAACAUGGAAGGUGCCUUCAUGACCACGGGAAGCAUGGUUUCUAUACUUCCCCAAGACCCUAGUCUCCCUUGUAUUCAUUUCUUCACUGGAACUCCAGAUCCUGAUAGGUCUGUUUUUAAACCUUUCAUUUUUGUGGAAAAUAUUACCCAGCUUCUAAAAACCAGCUCUCCAGUAUUUGGCCCUGAGGAUCCAGUUAAAAAGAAGCCACGAUUUCAUACAAAGCCAGAUAGGAGACAUGAGCUCUAUCAAAAACAUGAACAGGCAGUUGCCAUGAUGGAGUCCUCAAAGGAAAAGGCCGAACUGAUCAUGGAACAGAUCCACAAAUUGGAGAAAACAAAGAUUGAUGAGAUGGAGCAUAUUCUCCAGAAUGGAUUCCUGAAUGUUGAUCAAGCAGUUAAUCUUUUUUCAGAUUGUGUUGAAGAAGAAAUACGUAUAUAUGCCUGACAAAAUAUCUGCAGAUGUUUCCUUUUAUUAAUCCAAGUGCUAUUUUCCAAAACUGCUUUAUUCCUUGUACAAUGCUACUUCUGGCCAAAUAGCAUUUAUUAUGUGUAAGCUAGCUGGAAGAUAAAAUAUUGGCAUUAGCCUUAAUAGAACAUAAUUGCUAAUUUAAAAUGUGACAUGCAGCCAUCCAAAGUUUAAAACAUCUACAAAAUUACUAGUUUUUUUGUUUACUUUGCAUAUAUUUUCAGCCUGUAUUUGGUUGGUAUUGCAUACACUUAAUGGCCAAGUGUCAUACACAUUUAAUAAGCAGAGUUAAUAACAAUAAUUUAUAUGUUGCUCAACUCCCAGCAACUUCAACAUUUAAAAAUCUAAUUGGACAAGAAGCAAAAUAAAUAAAACAAAUAAGUGAAAUAGCUAAUUCUGGAAUUAAUAUGUAUUAACCAAAUUAACCCCAAAAUAUUGUAAAGACUCAAGUGAAUGUUGAGAAAACAAAGGAUUGUAAACUACAGCACAUUUUCCAUUUUCUUGUAAAUGGCUUCUCAGAUGCAAAUUUAAUUAUUUAAGAAAACAACUUUUAAGAAUUCAAGAAAGUUCUAUACAGUUCUGUUGCUGAAGUAUGAAAACGUGGAUAGUGCCUUUAAUCUAAAAAUAACAAUAGAUAUACAGUGAUGUUUGUAUAUAAUUUGAAUUGGUAUACAGACUUAGUCUUUGACAAAGGAUUAAAAGAAUAAAAAUUCUGUCCUGAAAAGCUUGUAUUAAAAACUUGAUACAUCAGGAUAGUUUGAAUAGGAUGUUAAAGUUAUUUCCAAUAUCAUUAUGCACUGGAUUUUACAAUCCAAUAGAAAUUUAGAUGCAUUUGGCCCCUAUUAGAAGAAUAGGCUUCACUGAAUAGCAUCAUUUCACUGCUUCUAUACAUUAUUUUUAUUGGAGAAUCAUCUAAAGUUGGUGAUAGUCAAAUAUAAUUCAACGCACUUCUGCAAAAAUUGCUAAUAAUCAGCAGAAAACAAAAAUUCGUAGUUAAUGGGAAAGAUUACCAUAUAAGCACUGUGAUAGUGAAUGUUUGUGAGAAGCUUCAUUGGUAAUAGGACCUUGUUGGGUUUCAUUCCUUUGGUUUCUCAUCAGUAAGUGGAAGAAAAGAAAAGCUCAAGCAAUUAAACCCAGUGUUUGUAAGUAGGACAUUUUGCUGCCGAAUGCUAACAUUGGUUUUAAAAAAACAAUCAAAAUUAAUGUUUUUCAGGUAAUAAAGGAGGACUGUUGAGAGCCAGGUAUAGAAAGGUAUGAAGUAGGAUGCAGUCAAGUCAUAGGAACAUUUAAGUCCUGAUUCGUCUAAUGAAUUAAAUAUAACUUUUAAUUUUAAAAAGGGGCUAUUUCCUGAGUUGAAAGCCUAAAUUUGGGCAGAAACUCAUUCGGGUGGCAAUCUUAUGCCUAUGGUAGUUAGGUACUGUAGAAGUUUUAAUGUGUAAAUAAAAUUGCACAAUUAAUAAUUAGCUGUAUGUCUCAAUUUGGUAUAUAUAAAAAUAUGAUGAAUUCAAGAACAAAGGAAUUAACAAGAAAUUACAUCCGUAGCAAAAAAAAAAUUCUUAUGUAGUAUCAGAUAUUAUGAAAAAUAAAAUAAUUGCUAUCACAAUAGCAAAAAUAUCAAGAAAGAAAUGCCAUUCUUCCCAUGUUGGGAGAUAUAAUUUACCUAGAACUGAAUGUCACGAACUUAAAAUUGAAUACUCUACCAUGGCACUUUGGAUUUUAAGCUUGAAUCCACCUAUUAUAUUAAGCCAUAGUUUAAACUAUGGUUAAUUUGGAGCUUAAUAUUUGUAUGAACCAACUGAUUUAUUUAAUAAAUGAUGUUUAAAUAAUCCCAGUGUAUAGAUUGAUCUUUGAACACAGUCUAUCUAGCCUAAAUUUAAGGAUACUUUAAGAAUUGAACCACAAGCAGUGAAAAGUAUAUAGUGCAACUUUUUGCUUCAACUCUUAACAAGGAAUAUUAUACAAGUCAGUAUAGCUGUAUUUAUUGAGUAACUGGAACAGCAAGAAAAUCAGUCUACUACUUUCAGGAACAUGCUUCACCAUAACUCUCCCCAAUUUAAAAAAAAAUAAUUGGGUUUUGUAAUACAGCACGCUUUUUAUUUGAGCUGUAGAUCAACUUACAAAUUAGACUUUAUAUAAACCUUUUUUUCCCCAUUUUGGAAGGUAGCCUUUUUUAUGCAAUGCAGAAGAAAUAUUGGCAGUAUUUCAAUUCACCUGUAUUGAUAGUAAAAAAAUAAAACUAAUUCCCCCACACUUCUUUAUGUCUGAAUACAUAAGAUUGUGAAAGGUUCAUUAUUUCUAGGGUGUUACAGAGUUAACUCUUUAUAAGUUAAUAGCCAUAAUUUUAAUAAGCCCAGCUUCCAAAUAUAAUCUAUAUUUGUAUAAAUAUAAAACAUACCCAUACAUAAAUGUGCCAUGCAUCUGGUAAAAAAAAAUAGUGGUUAGAUAAAGAUAACCAACAGAUCUUCUUAAUAGUUGAAGAAACAUGACAAAUUGCUUCUUCUAACAAUAUUGUUGAUGAACCACUUUUCAGAAAAAAUAUUUAAGGAUUCUUCUUCACUUUAAAAAGGCCAAUAACAUGUUCAUGUGUUCUUAUUAUUCUAUAAUGCUGCUUAAGAAUUAAAAAAUUACCAGAGUUUCUGAUAAACAUAUGCAUUUAAAAAUACAUUACUUUUAUGGUGAAAACACACACACACAUAUUUCUACGAAUACUUAAAAAUUUGCAUUGCAAAAUUAAAAUUUAAGAAGUCAAUUCAAGUUCUUUAAUUUGCAUAUCAAGAGUAGUACUCAAGUACAAUUUAACAAUUUAAAAAAUAUUAAUUUGGUAUUAUUAAGUACAAAAUAAGUAUGGCAUCUACAGACUCCAACUGAUUGCAGUCUGUGAAAUAAAUUGGUCCAUUUUUGGUAGUCAUGUGCCUAUUAUCAAUGAACCAAGGGGAAAAAUUAUGAAACAAAUUAUAUUUGAAGAAGAAAUCCAGCUCGCAAUUAUGGUGCUUUAAAUCUCGUUCAGAUUCAAACAGACGGAUAAACAGAGACCUGUAUGCUUUAAAGCAGU